UGUCGGUUUAGACGGCAACAAGGCGGACUGAAGUUUAUUGACAGUAUCAGUGUCGUCGAAAUUACCAAAUUAGCAAUAUAUUUAUGUGACGAUUGUGCCGUUUUCUUUAAUUCAACAUUUCUUUUGGCCUUAAUUUUCAAAUUAAAGUUCAUAUAAAGCAAUAAAUUAAUAAUAAAAAAUGUAAAUUAAACACAAGUGAAGCAAUAAUAAGAAAAAAAAAACAACCACAUAAAUUAAAAUAAAACCAGGCAAAACAAACAAAACAAGAAAAAGUUAAGAGAAUAAAGUCAAAUUGUUGGAAGCGAAAUUCUAUUGGAAAUAAGAAGGCGAAAAAAGCUAACGGGUUUUAUGCACAUAAUAAAAUUGGAAUCAAUCGUCUCCUCUCCCUCACUGUUACCGUUGCCGCCGUUGCCGUCGAAGUCAAUGCGGAGUAAUAAAUAAAUAAGUGCUGAAUUGAUUGCUCCAAUCUCGGAUACACUCACUGUGUAAUCAUGUCAAGCGAAGAGAUGUUAUACGCUAAGGGCUCCAAAAUAUGGAUACCCCAUCCGGAGCAGGUCUGGGAGAGCGCCACGUUGGAGGAUAGCUAUCGCAUGGGAGCUGCCUGCCUUAAGGUCCAGACUGAGUCGGGUGCCCUCAAGGAGAUCAAGGUGAAACCGGAUGGCAGUAAUCUGCCGCCACUGCGCAAUCCUGCCAUCCUGGUGGGCCAAAAUGACCUGACCACGCUAUCAUAUCUGCAUGAGCCCGGCGUGCUCUACAAUUUGCGGGUGCGCUUCUGUGAACGACAAAUCAUUUACACGUAUUGCGGCAUCAUUCUGGUGGCCUUUAAUCCGUAUGCCGAGAUGCCGCUGUACGGGCCCAACAUCAUACGUGCCUAUCGUGGCCAUGCCAUGGGCGAACUGGAGCCCCACAUCUUUGCCCUGGCUGAGGAGGCGUACACGAAACUGGAGCGUGAGAAUUGCAAUCUCAGCAUCAUUGUUAGCGGCGAAUCGGGUGCCGGCAAAACCGUUUCGGCCAAGUAUGCAAUGCGUUACUUUGCCGCCGUCGGUGGCUCGGAGUCGGAGACGCAGGUCGAGCGCAAGGUGCUGGCAUCUUCGCCGAUCAUGGAGGCCUUUGGCAAUGCCAAGACCACACGCAACGACAACAGCUCGCGUUUCGGCAAGUUCACCAAGCUGCUGUUCCGUAAUCAUAUGGGUGUCAUGUAUCUGCAGGGUGCCACCAUGCACACGUAUCUGUUGGAAAAGUCACGAGUGGUGUAUCAGGCGCAGGGCGAACGCAACUAUCACAUAUUCUAUCAGCUGUGCGCGGCGCGUGCCAAAUAUCCUGAACUAGUGCUGGAGCAUCAGGAUAAAUAUCAGUUCUUGAAUAUGGGCGGUGCCCCGGACAUUGAGCGUGUCUCGGAUGCUGAUCAAUUCAAUGAAACGGUACAGGCCAUGACUGUGUUGGGUUUCUCCAUUCAGCAGAUCGCCGAUAUUGUUAAGAUCCUGGCUGGCAUUCUGCACUUAGGCAACAUUGAGGUGUGCAAAAAGUACAAGGAUGGCAGCGAGGAAGAAGACACUGAAUCCUGCGACAUAUUUCAAAACAAUAUGCACCUGCAGGUGACGGGCGAUCUGCUGAAGAUUAACCCUGAUGAUUUGCGUCGCUGGCUAUUGAUGCGUAAGAUAGAGUCGGUCAAUGAAUAUGUGCUGAUACCGAACAACAUUGAGAUGGCAAUGGCCGCACGCGAUGCGCUGGCCAAGCACAUCUAUGCCAAGCUCUUCCAGUACAUUGUGGGUGUGUUGAAUAAGAGCCUCAAUAAUGGUAGCAAACAGUGCAGCUUCAUUGGCGUGCUCGAUAUCUACGGCUUCGAAACGUUCGAGGUGAACUCGUUCGAACAGUUUUGCAUAAACUAUGCGAACGAAAAGCUCCAGCAGCAGUUCAAUCAGCACGUCUUCAAACUGGAGCAGGAGGAAUACCUUAAGGAAGGUAUCACCUGGACCAUGAUUGAUUUCUACGACAAUCAGCCGUGCAUUGAUCUCAUCGAGAGUCGACUUGGUGUGCUUGAUCUUUUGGAUGAAGAGUGUCGCAUGCCCAAGGGAUCAGAUGAGAGCUGGGCGGGCAAACUAAUCGACAAGUGCAUCAAGUUUCCACACUUUGAAAAGCCACGCUUUGGUACCACAAGUUUCUUUAUUAAACACUUUUCGGACACUGUCGAAUAUGAUGUAAAUGGUUUCUUAGAGAAGAAUCGCGACACAGUGUCCAAGGAACUGACCAAUGUGAUGGCACAGUCGAACAUGUCGCUGUGCAAACAGGUCAUGAGUCUGGAAGAAGUGGACACACUUAGCACAGAUGCCAACAAGAAUACUACCACUCUGGGAGGUCGUGUUGUCAUCAGUGCUAAUCGCAAACAGCAACUCAAUGAAACGCGUCGAAGAGUGGUGCCAUCGAAGCAGCAUAAGAAAACUGUUGGCUCACAGUUCCAGGAGAGUCUGGCCUCGCUGAUCUCCACGUUGCAUGCCACAACGCCACAUUAUGUGCGCUGUAUUAAACCCAACGAUGACAAGACGGCCUUCAAGUGGGAAACGGCAAAGAUCAUUCAACAACUCCGCGCUUGCGGCGUCUUGGAGACUGUACGCAUCUCGGCAGCUGGUUUCCCAUCACGUUGGUUGUAUCCCGACUUCUAUAUGCGUUACCAGCUGCUGGCGUAUCGCAAUCAGAUCGACAAAAACGACAUGAAGCUAUCGUGCCGCAACAUUGUGCUCAAGUGGAUUCAGGACGAGGACAAGUAUCGGUUUGGCAACACACAAAUAUUUUUCAGAGCCGGUCAGGUCGCCUAUCUGGAGCAAGUGCGCGCCAAUCUACGCAAGAAAUACAUUACCAUAGUGCAGUCCGUGGUGCGUCGCUUUAUCAAGCGGCGUCGCUACCUUAAGCUGCAGGCCAUCAUCUCGGGCAUACAACGACAUGCUCGUGGCUAUAUGGCGCGUGUGCGUGCUCAGAAAAUGCGAGAAGUGCGCGCGGCCCUCAUCCUGUCCAAGUACGCUCGUGGCUGGCUUUGCCGGCGUCGCUAUUUGCGACUUUGUCACUCGGUUGCCGGCAUUCAGCAAUAUGCACGUGGCAUGCUGGCUCGCAAACGUUUCUUUGCGAUGAGGGAUUACUAUCGCGCCGUGCAAAUACAGCGCUUUGUGCGCGGCGUCCUUGCACGUCGCACCUAUCAGAAGCGGCGACGCAACAUUAUCAUUUGCCAGGCGGCGGUGCGACGAUUCUUGGCGCGACGCAAGUUUAAGCGCAUGAAGGCAGAGGCCAAGACCAUAUCGCAUAUGGAGAACAAGUACAUGGGCCUGGAGAACAAGAUCAUAUCGAUGCAGCAGCGCAUCGAUGAGCUUAAUCGCGACAAUAGUUCUCUGAAGCACAAGACCAGCGAGAUUAGUGUGCUGAAAAUGAAACUGGAGAUGAAAAAGAACUUAGAGUUUGAGUUUAAAACCAUUAAAGCUGCCUGUAAUGAUAAGGAUAAGCUAAUCGAGGCACUUAACAAGCAACUCGAAUCGGAGCGCGACGAAAAAAUGCAGCUGCUAGAAGAGAACGGGCAUGCCCAAGAGGACUGGACAGCGCAAAAGCAAAUGUGGUGCAUGGAGAACGAGGAGUUACGCAAGCAGGUGGACUCCAUGAUUGACAUGGCCAAGAAUUCGGAGAGCAAUCAGCGUGAACGUGAGGAACGUAUGCUGACCGAGAUCGACAACAAGGAACUAAACGAAGCUUACCAGCGCGCCAUCAAGGACAAGGAGGUGAUCGAGAAUGAGAACUACACGCUGAAGGAGGAACUGAGUCGCAUGCAGCAGCAUCACAAUGGCCUCGGCCCCUAUAACAUGCAUCAUGCACGCUCCGCCAGCAAUGCGUCCAGUCAAAAUGAUGAGGACGUUGGCUACGGCUCGGCUAGGAACACAUUGGACAUUAACAGAACGCCAGAUCUGACCAACAAGAGCGAUUCAUUCUUUGACAGCACGAGCAUUGUGGUCAAGCUUCGUUCCAUACUCGAGGAGGAGAAGCAGAAGCACAAAUAUUUGCAAGAGCAGUAUGUCAAGUUAGCCAGCCGCAACAAGCCCACCGAGGAUUCAUUCCGCGUCUCCGAGCUUGAAGUAGAGAACGAGAAACUCCGCAGCGACUACGAUCAGCUGCGCACAAGCAUUAAACACGGUGUUGAGAUCAACGAGCUCAAUGCACAACAUGCCGCACUUCAAGAGGAGGUGCGUCGCAGACGGGAGGAAUGCAUUCAGCUGAAGGCUGUCCUGUUGCAACAGAGCCAGGCGCUUCGCUCUUUUGAUCCGGAUAACCUGCAAUUGCGUGCCGAUGGCAGCCAUGUCAAUGAGCUGAUGGAGGCAUUCCAGGCACAGAAACUGGUCAACAGGCAAUUAGAGUCCGAACUGAAGGCCAUAACAGAGGAGCACAACAGUAAACUGAUGGAAAUGACACAGACUAUCGAACGCAUCGGACAGGAGAAGGGUGAAAUGCAAGAGGCGCUAUUUAAGAGCAUCGAUGAGUUUGACGACGCCAAUGUGGAUACACUGAAGCAGAACGAUCGCUAUCUGCGUCUUGAGCUGAAGAAGGCCAUCACACAAUAUCUGCUGGUGCAGGAGGAGCUUAAGUUGGCUAACGCCAAGCUGUCCGCUUAUAGGCAAGACGGUGGCAAGCUGGAGAACAAACUGGAAGAGGAAAUGAUACGCAACAAGGCGGCGAAUAGCAAUAGCGAUGUGGGCGCCAAUGUGGCCAAACAAAAGUCACAGAAUCCGCUUGGCCUGAUGAAGUUCCACAAUAGUGAUCUCGAUAAAAUCUUGCAACGCCUCUUGAGUAAUCUGAUGCCGCGCACCGUUGUUGGACUACUACCCGGCUUUCCAGCCUAUCUCAUCUUUAUGUGCAUACGAUAUACUGAUCUGACUAAUGCUGAGGAAGAUGUGCGUGAACUGCUUAGCAAAUUUGUGAUGCAAAUCAAGAAAAUGCAUCGCACUCCACAUCCGAUUGAGAACCGCGUCAUCUGGCUGGUCAAUUCAAUAACUCUAUUGAAUCUAUUGAAACAAUACGGCGACAUCGAGGAAUAUGUCAAGUUUAAUACGGACAAACAGAAUCUACAGCAAUUGACGAACUUCAAUCUGUUUGAAUAUCGACGCGUCAUACUCGAUCUCAUUGUGAAUCUGUACCAGGCACUGGUCAUGCAAAUACAAGGUCUACUUGAUCCAAAGAUUGUGCCAGCAAUAUUGAACAACGAUGAAAUACAACGGACACGUCAUCCGCAUGGCAUGCGCAAUCGCAAUUUUGAUGCCCAAUCGUCGCCGGAGCACGGCAAUAUUCCGGCAUGGAAACAGUUGAUUGGUCAGCUCGAGCAUUUCUAUAAGCAAUUCCAGCACUUUGGCUUAGCUGCUGUCUAUGCCGAGCAAAUAUUCAGUCAACUGUUGUACUUUGUCUGUGCCGUGGCUCUCAAUUGUCUGAUGCUGCGUGGCGACAUUUGCAUGUGGGAAACUGGCAUGAUAAUUCGCUAUAAUCUUGGCUGCAUUGAGGAUUGGGUGCGCGACAAGAAAAUGUCGAAUGAUGUAUUGGCUCCGCUGGCACCGCUGAAUCAAGUAUCCCAGCUAUUACAAUCGCGUAAGAGCGAGGAAGAUGUGCAAACCAUUUGCGAUCUGUGCACGUCGUUGAAUACAGCCCAAGUGCUGAAGGUGAUGAAAUCCUACAAGCUGGACGACUACGAAAGCGAAAUAACCAACGUAUUUCUGGAUAAACUAACCCAGAAGUUGAAUGAACGCCAAAUGCCCAAGGUCGAUGAGUUUACGAUGGAUCAAAAUUUCAUACAUCCCUUUAAGGUAGUGUUCAAGUACAGCGACAUCAAGUUGGAGGAGAUUGAGUUGCCGUCGCAUUUAAAUUUGGACGAAUUCCUCACAAAGAUAUAAAUGUUUUGUAUAGCGUCGUGUGUAUUUUUGUCAGCAUUAGUUUAUCGUUGCCAUUUGACCGUCAUUGCAUUUUGUUUUUAAUAUUUAAUAAACCCUCCUAAGUUAAUACAAUUUAAAUUAGCUAAAAAAAAAAAAAGAAA